AGUAUCGGAGGUUGAAGAGAUCAGAAAACGGUGGAAUAUAUUGGUAUUAAACUCAUGCGGACAAGUCUACGCAAGCGUACCGCGCAGCUAACAGGCAUUUCCGGCCUGCCUCCGCUUCCUUUUUCUUCUAAACAACCAAGAUGGUGAACGUACCCAAACAGAGGCGCACGUUCUGCAAGAAGUGCAAGGUCCACAAGCCGCACAAAGUCACCCAAUAUAAGAAAAGCAAGGAAAGGCAUGCGUCUCAGGGCCGAAGACGUUAUGAUCGUAAGCAACAAGGUUUCGGAGGUCAAACGAAGCCCAUUUUCAGAAAGAAGGCUAAGACAACCAAGAAAAUUGUGCUAAGGAUGGAAUGCACUGAGUGCAAGUACAGAAAGCAAAUCCCACUUAAACGUUGCAAACAUUUCGAGCUGGGAGGUGAUAAGAAGAGGAAGGGCCAGAUGAUCCAGUUCUAAACCUUGCGUUUAAGAUUGUAACUAUACAAACAAAAAAAUAAAAUAAAUCGUUCAAGAUUUGAAA